UCGCGAUAGGAGAGAGGCGAGCCGAGAACUGCCUCCGACGAAGAUCUGAGGCGACGCGGACCAAAACAAACACGCCCUCAAGCCUCAAUUCAGGCUCAAACCCAAAGCUUCACUUUGCUGAUUGGAAUACGGCGACGGCGUUAGGCACCAUGGCCGACCUAGAAGCGGCGGCGGUCGCCAUGGCGCCGCUCGGCGCCUGGCUGCGGUACCACCUCUCGUCGUUCAGUAAGGGCAAGAACUACCCCUACGGCACGUUGUGUGCCAACUUCGCCGCGACGGCCAUCGCCGCGAUGUCGACGGGGCUCUGGACGAAGACCACAGGCUCGGACGUCUUCUGGCACGCCGUCGUCGACGGCUUCUGCGGGGCGCUCUCGACGGCGUCGACGUUCACCUCCGAAUUCCGCAUGCUGAAGGAGGCGCCGCACGCGCCGCGCGGCUACAUCUACGCGUCGAUGAUGCUGCUUGCGGGCCAGGUCGCGGCCGUCCCGUUCGUCGCGUCUAUCCCGUCGAUGUGA